ACGCCCUUCUCUUAUGAUAGCUAGCUGUGCGUUUAUUACUGUAGCGUGUAAACAAAGCUCAUGGAACACAGUGAUGUCUAGUGGUCCUAUCAGCUAUUAAGAGUCAGUACCUCAACAGCUAUCCACUGGAGAGAGCCGUGUAGUAACUGGAGUGCGAUAACCACAGUGUACGACUUCCUAUCAGACACCAGUUACCAAGGAGAGUGGGACACCCCACCAACACAAGCAUGGCUACUAAUAUGAUCAAAACAAUUACCAAAAAUAAGACCAAGGGGAAGUCCAAGUCGACUAAGGACAAGCAAAGGAACGCACACAAUCAGAUAGCCAUUAUAUCCAACCCCUCCACCGCCGUUGUCAAGACAGCUGGCGAGGGGCUCUACCUCAAGCUGACUCAGCAUCAGAGGAACAUUGCACAGCAGCUCAAGUUCAUCACUACUGCCCUGGAGACUGGCACAGUGCAGCCUACUAGUCGACACAACAGGACUGACCUCACUAAAGUGGUGACUGCUCUCCUCGUACAGCUCGAUGCUGCCGUGACAACCACCUAUCAAUGCUUUACAAAGAAUGUCCUGGACACCAAUGAUACGUUCAAGUCUCGACUGGAGGCGAAUGAGACACGGAUGUAUGACCACACUGCAGUGCUAGUGCGGUGGGUCGACUAUGAGAGCAAGGCCAUCUCAGCAGAGAAUGCUGAUAUCAUACUCAGCACAAUCAGUAACUUUGAGUUAGCUCUGGCAGAGGUAGUGAGGGUUGUCUAUGAGUGUCAGCUCAUUAACUCUGCUGGAGGAGACGGACACUUUGCAACACUCCCGUCAAAGAGGAGAUCGGCCACUAUGGAACCCACUGGCCUGUUCCGCCAGACUAGUGAGAAUGGUGAACUGACCAAUCCAAUGAUAGCUAAUCUGCGCUCUGGUGAUCGUAAGGUCAGCUGGUCUCCUGGCAUGUCAGGACCGCCCCACUCACCAACCUACAGGAGUGGUCUGAUGACUCAGUCCGAGGUGAGCAGUGACGAGGAGAAGAGGAGGUCAGGGAGCAGUGAGCGCUACCACUCAUACAGUGAACACUCACACAAUUCUCCCCAGGACUGGGACAUACGGACUCCGACCUCGUACAUGACCGCACCAUCUCGUGCUGUGAAUGUGCCUACACCCACAGUCCCUGAUAUCAGUGGCACCCUCCCCCCUCUGCCAGGUGAGGAGACUGAUGGACCACCCCCUCCUCUACCAAGACGUGGGGACGAGCACAUAGGCCACACCCCCUCACCACCAAUAUCCAAGGGCUACACAUUACCAAGAAUGUCACAACCUCUAGAGGUGAAUGGUCGUAUGUCCCCCAACAAUCCCCUGUACGCUGACCCCCACUCCAGCGAGGCCCCACCCCCCCUACCACUCAAGAAGAGACACGCACACAGCACGCUACCUGCUCAAAUGAAUGGCCACCCCUCACACACAGCACCAGGCAUGAAUGGUGACGCCCCACCCCCUAUACCGGUCAAGCAACGUCGAUCAGUGUCUCACAGCUCCCCAUCUCACACACCCACACACCGCCCACACAUCACAGCCGACUCGUAUGACCCUCGUGAGGUACCCCCAGGAGGGGUAGGGAAAGAGCUACCCCCUGUACCCAUGAGAAUAGAGUCCAUUCCCUGGGUCAAGAAUGCUCUGGUCCAGGACUCCCCGCCCCCCAAGCCCCCCAGAACUGACCGACCCCCUGACAUACCGUCCCCGCACCACACACCCCAGCAUGUGCCACGCCCCUCAAUGGCCACACCCACCUCCAGACAGGAGGAGGUGUUCAAUGCUGUACGCAAGUUCAAUGAGGACGUUAUCAAGGCUCGGACUAGUGGACCAGGUCAAGCCCCUCCAGUGCCACUCAAGAAGAAGACUGUGCUGCAGUACAAGAACUUGAUCCAAGGCUACACGUACGAUGAGUCCAUCAUGCAGAUGCAGCCCCUCUACAUACCCGGGAUGGAUGCCCCACCUCCUUUACCACCCAAGAAGAGGAAGAGAAGAAAACAGGCACAAGUAGCAGGUGGUCUCCCUGCUCUCUCUGACAAUGCUGUAACUCCUAGGAACUCUGACCCCAAACCAGACGCACUCAACGCUAGCACUGAUGACAUUGAGAACGAAGCGGCUGAAGUCAACUAUCUUGAACUGGAAGAUUCCUCCAGCUACCUGAUAUUCAAUAGAGAGGAGGAUGGUCAGUACACCUUGAUGGGGGGUCCCAUUGAUGCUCUGAUAGCAUACGCAGCCUCAAGCACUAAAGCUGUGCGUCAUUUCUCUGAGGCUUUCUUGCUGACUUACUCCACCUUCAUUACUGCCGCUGACCUCAUCAUGAAGCUGCUCACUAGGCAGGAUUUCUUCUACAAGUCCAAGACUAGAGCAAUCUGGGAGUCCACUACCAGCCUCCUAGUCAGAGCACUCACUGGACUAAAACAAGUGCUGACUCAGGAGGCACAGGUGCAACUCAUCGAUAUGGUGCAUCGUAUGAUCACCGACGGCAACCUCAAGUUUGCACAACUGUUAAGAAAUGCUCUCGUUGAUAAAUUGAACCAACUACUCCCUGAAAACAAGUCGACCAUUCCACUAGGAUUAGCCCUCUCAGCAAGAACCAAGUACACACGCAAGUUGUCCAUAUUGGACUUCCAAGCGGACGACCUGGCACAGCAAAUGACCAUACUAGACAAUGAGCUAUUCCAGAAAGUUGAUGUGUGUGAGAUGCUCUACUUUGCCAAAGACCAGAAUGAGGAGAAGAGUCCAAUGUUGACACAGUUCACCAUGCACUUCAAUAAUGUCUCCCAGUGGACCAAGGUGGUGCUGCUCAAGAAGGGGACUGACAUGAAGGCACGCUCUAAACUCAUGAUGCACUUCAUUGCCAUCAUGAAGUGCCUCAGGGACAACUACAACAACUUCAACUCGUACCUAGCUGUGCUGUCAGCCAUUGAGAGUGCGUCAGUGACACGACUGGACUGGUCUGACAAGGUCCUCAAGGCUCUGGAGGAACCACGGCAACUCAUAGACAAUAGAGGAUCCUUCAAGAACUACAGGGUGGCCUUUGCUCAAGCCAAGCCACCGUGCAUUCCUUACAUUGGACUGUACUUGCAAGACCUGACGUUCAUUGAGAUGCAGCCCAGCAAACUGGAGGAGGGAGAGGGCAUAAACUUCACCAAGAGAUGGAAGCAGUUCAAAUCAGUCGACCACAUUCGAUUUGCACAAACAAAACAGUACACAUAUGAUCCUGACCCAGAGAUACUCAGCUUAUUCAGUAACUUUGAGGUGGAGGUGACGGAUGAGGAGCUGUGGUCCAUCUCCAAUGAGAUCAAGCCCAGCAACCGAGCUGCUAGGGCCGCUGCUGCCACCAACUCAUGAGAACACUACUACAC